AUGGAUCUCGACGACAGCCUGGAUGAACCUGGCGAUGCGAGUGCCAUCGUAGACGUCCACAAGGCCUCACCAGAAGCCAGUGACGUGGAUAUCCAUGACUCUGAAAAUGCACAUGCCGUACCAUUCGAAGUCAAAAAAGACGCCCUUGAGGCGAAUGUGUUCCACUAUCGAAAAUGGGAUCGUCUCCGCAAACACUACCGGGACCAGUAUCUCGAAAUAUUCAAAGAGACGUUUGAGACAGAGGAUCACGACAGGCUCGCUGACAACUUGCGUCCAACUCAGCUGGGCGCUGUUCUUUGGCUAUCUGACGAAAAAGCACGGCUGUAUGAUGCGCUGUGCCGCAAGGGCCGACACGAAUUGAAGUCUUUGUCGAUGUUGGUGGGCACAAAGUCCGAGGUAGAGAUCAAAGCGUACCUGGACAACCUGCGAGAACAGGAGACCGACCGUCAACGUUUCGAGGCACAACCGAAGAACAUAUCCCACGCCGACAUUCGCGCUGCUAUCGAGAUCGGGCCUGAAUGUGAACUUGUUCUUGACACCGCUGCUGCUGCCCUAUCAGCAUUUCAAGAACAGUACGACGCUACGAUUGGGCAAAAUGGAAAUAAUAUAUGGUUCAUCGAUCAUAACGUGGCAGCUGAGCUGGAUCAGAGAGGCGACGAGUUGGAAGCAUCUGGCAACACCCGUGACCAAGAGUCUGGCGACGUACUCGCCCCGAUUUCUGAAAGAGCAGUCCAGGCUUUCCAUCUCUCGACAUUUCUCGAGCUGAGCGAGCGGUUCUUCAUGAAUCGAGACGCUGACAGCCCGGAGUCGUGGCAGACAAUAGCAGAGGAGGGUCAACAUCCAGCGCUGACAUUGGGUUGCGUAACUCUUUUCUACGACCUGAUCGUCAACUUCGCACGUCGGUUGAUACAAUCAACCCUCUUCAUUGCCAAGUCUCGGCUUCGUGCUGCCACGUCGAGAGACUACCAACCCGGAGGACUAAUCAGAUCUGAUGACGUGCUCGCGGCUCUAGAUGUGUUGGGCGUCAAAAAGAGCUCUGACCCAUUCUGGAUUGGGCUGGCAAAAAGAAAUGGCUUGAGAGUGGUGGAUGACGCACACCGAAAAGGAGUGGACGGGAAGGCUGUCAUGUCGUACGAGAAAGUGGAGAAAAUCUUGUCAAGUCGCCUCAGAACUAGGUCAAGUUCGAGAAUGUCAACAAGAUCAACGAGGAGCCAAUCGCCUCUGGAUGAGACUUCCGCCACAGAGGAUCUUGCGAACAACAAUGAUGAACCUGUUUGUUCCGAUAUUGACGAGCAAUCUUCCGUUGACACUGGUUAUUCAGAUGCGGACAGCGAGGGGACAGAAGCAGAGGAUCCAAGCGGGGAACAUCAUGGCUCCUCGUCCGAAGAGCCUCCACUUUCGCGAGUGUCAAGGGAGAAGCGAAUACAAUAUCUUGAAGAAGAGCAACACCAGUACCUGGAGAGGAUGGAUCGAGAGUCACGGAGGCGGGAAGAAUCACGGCUGUUGUCCCUGCUCGGUCCUCAAGAUACCCAAGAGGAGAAGGAUGUUCAGGAGGAAGCCAUCGAAGAGCUGGGUGUCAGACCGCGGGUGGUGAGAAAGUCUGUUGAGGAUUGUUUGGGAUGGGCUGUCAAAUACGAGGCUGAGUGGGAGCGACAUGAGAGAAUGCUGCUUCUCGGAAGCCCAUCGCUCGCUGAUCCUGCACCAAAAAGGCGAAAACUGGAGCCUGAAAGCGACGGUGGUUGA